AUGUACGACGACCAGCAGCUUGCGCUCGGCACCGACACCUCGAUCUACCUAUGGGACCCCCCGUCGGACGAGCCAAGCGUCAAACUGGAGGGUCACAGCGGGAUGGUCUAUUGUAUUUCUUACUCGCCAUGUGGCCAAUGGUUCGCUUCCGGCGGUGAGCCAGACGAGACUGUUCGACUCUGGCAGCGACAAUCAAGGGAGCAGGAGGCAUGUUGGUCUCUUGUCUCUGUCAUUCGUGCGUUCUUUGGGCCCGUUGAGGAUGUCGCGUGGAAUCCUGCUGUGCCUAUGGGGACAUGCCUUGCUACGGCUUCGGAGGAUGGAUCUGUCAGAUUGUGGCGAUUGUCGAGUGCUGAAGAUGGAAACGUUGUUGACAAGUUGCAUUGGGGGUCCAACCUUGGUGUUCUCUGCACCGAGGGUCCGUUGCUCAAGGACGCGACAGGUCUGAGCUCGAUCAACGAGAAGUUGCCGGCUCAACUGGGUGCUAUCGACAAAAACCUGAGCCAUGGAGGAGCUGGGUCGGACGUUUGA